CUCAAGCAACAGGGCUUAUUUUUAGGCUAAGUCCCAGCCUUAAAUAAAUUGGGAAGCUGAGGAGUGUUCCAAUAACACAGAGUAAAACAGAGACAGGAAAUAGAGGGUCUUGGGGUAAUGAGUUCCAGCCACACUCGAAACAGAGAGCUCGGGAAGGCAUUACUUGAAAAUAGUUUCUCUAUGACUGCCUGGCAAUUUUUAGCUUGUUAUUUUACCAUUAAAAGAGAACACUCUCGCUGCAGAUUUCAACUAUGCUACAGAAGCUCCCCCUCUUCCCAAGACCAUCUGGCAUUAUGCAUCUCUUGAAGCCUUUUGAAUGAUAUUACUGCCUGUUGAUGACUGAUCUCUACUUUUUAAAAAAAGAAAAACCAGAUGCUUUGAGCUAGGGAGGUGAGGGAACUCAGUCUGAAGUUUAUACAGUUGUAGUAUAUACACCCAGUGGAAGCGUGUAGAAUAAGCCUGCAGGACAAAUUUCAAGUCAAAUAUGCACAACUAUUCAGCUUGCUGGAAGAAGGGAAAGACAAGAUGAGAGCAGGACCGAUUGUGGUUCUCCAGAACGAAGCUGUGAUUGUUCCGAAUCCAGGGAAAUACAAUGGCUGAAAUGGACCCAAAGCAUGGAUAGUGAGAUUGAUAUUUACAAACACUUUAAGUGGCUAAAGAGGUCCCAAGUGAGCCACCAUACUUCUGCCAGUAAUGAAACUUAUCAAGAACGCCUUACGAGAUUAGAAGGUGAUAAAGAAUCUCUCAUAUUGCAGGUGAGUGUCCUCACAGAUCAAGUGGAAGCCCAAGGAGAAAAAAUCAGAGACCUAGAAGUUUGCCUUGAAGGGCACCAGCUGAAGCUUAAUGCUACUGAAGAGAUGCUUCAACAGGAACUGCUAAGUCGGACGCAGCUUGAGACACAGAAAUUGGAUCUAAUGGCAGAGGUGUCAGACCUCAAGAUUAAGCUGGUUGGAAUGGAGAAGGAACAGAGCGAGUAUGAGGAGAAGCAGAACAAAGCUGAGUCAGUAGUGAACCUGAUCAGUGAACUGCAAGAACAGAUGUGUAGACUUCAGUUGGAGAUUAAUAGUAAAAUCCAGGAAAGAAAAUCUCACAGUAGGAAGCCAACUAUGGCGGCACUCGGUCCUCAAGAUAGUACAGAUUUGGUGACAGAGGUCCCUACACAGAGUGAUAAUUUGUUACAAGAACUGAAACAUCUAAAAAUUAAAGUUGAAGAGCUGGAAAAUGAAAGGACCCAGUAUGAAUGGAAACUGAAAGCAACUAAAGCUGAAAUAGCACAACUUCAGGAACAAUUAGCACUAAAAGAUUCAGAAAUUGAACGACUACAGAGUCAAAUCUUGAGGACAUCAUCAAAUAACGAAAGUGCAGAAAGAGAGGAAGUGUAUAGGAGAAGGCUAAAAGAAAAACAUCAAGAGGUACAACAUCUGAAAGUAGGAAUGGAAUCAUUACUAGCUGCAAAUGAAGAAAAGGAUCGUCGGAUAGAAGAAUUAACAGUUUUGCUAAGCCAAUACCGAAGGGUGAAAGAGAUCAUGAUAGCAGUACAAGGAACAUCAGAAAGAGUUUUAUCUGUUAGCAGCGACGAUGAUCUUGAGGCAACUUUAAGAAAAUGGAGUCCAAUUAAUACGGCCCAAAUGGAAAACUUUAAACCAGAGGUAUUUCCAUGGGAAAUGACCCCACCUACACUGCUUCCACCAUCACAAAAAGUGCUGGAAAUCAGUGGAAGCUCUCCAGAUCCGGCAAAUAAAUUUUCAACAAAUGGAGAAAGCCUGGAAUUCCAAAAUAGGGUGCCACAGAAAAAAAUAUCAAGUAGUCUAGAAGACUUGCAAAGUGAAUCCUUGGAAAAGCAUGUAGAUGUGAAACCAAUAGAACGUGAUAUAGAGAAAGAGAAUAAGCCGCAUGUGAAAGGCAGCAAGUACCAAACUUUGCCAGGAAAACUGUUUCGACCAGCACACAGUGGUGAUAAUGGGAUAUACAAUACGCCUGGUUCUCCCAAUACACGUAAUGUGAAUGGGAAUGAGGACAACGGCACACAGAACCUGAAUCGCAUCAGGAGUGUCAGUGCACCAGUCUUAGGAGACUCUGACAAUAUGGAUGGAACAAUGACUUCAGAAGACCUUUCCCCUUUGUCAUCUGGAACAGAAUCUGGUGCACAGUCUCCAUUAACUCCAGAAAAUAAAAGAAGCUCAAAGGGAAUAAAGAAAAUAUGGGGAAAAAUACGCAGGACUCAGUCAGGCAAUUUUCCUGGAGAUGAUCUGGGCUUGGCUGAAUUUCGAAGAGGUGGCCUCCGGGCAACAGCUGGACCUCGGCUGUCUCGAUCAAAGGACACCAAGGGGCAGAAGAAUGAUCAUAAUGCUCCAUUCUCCCAGUGGGGCACUGAACGUGUGUGUAGCUGGCUUGAGGACUAUGGCCUUGGUCAAUAUGUCAUUUUUGCACGGCAGUGGGUCACGUCUGGCCACACACUUUUAACAGCAACACCUCAGGACAUGGAAAAGGAACUAGGAAUAAAGCAUCCUUUACACAGGAAGAAAUUAGUUCUAGCAGUUAAAGCUAUAAAUACAAAACAAGAUGAUAAGUCUGCACAGCUAGAUCACAUCUGGGUGACCCGAUGGCUUGAUGACAUUGGCUUACCUCAAUACAAAGAUCAGUUUUAUGAAUCAAGAGUUGAUGGCAGAAUGCUACAAUUCCUAACUGUGAAUGACCUUCUCUUUCUCAAAGUCACAAGCCAACUUCAUCAUCUCAGUAUUAAGUGUGCCAUUCAUGUGCUGCACGUGAACAAUUUCAACCCUCACUGCCUGCGUAGGAGGCCAGCCGAUGAGAAUAGCAUUUCACCUUCUGAGGUGGUUCAGUGGUCCAAUCACAGAGUGAUGGAAUGGCUCCGAUCUGUAGAUUUGGCGGAAUAUGCACCAAACCUUCGAGGAAGUGGAGUUCACGGUGGUCUCAUUAUCCUUGAACCUCGUUUUAAUGGUGAUACACUGGCAAUGCUUCUCAACAUUCCUCCUCAAAAGACGCUAUUAAGACGUCACUUAACAACUAACUUCAAUCUGCUCAUUGGAUUAGAGGCACAGCAAGAAAAAAGGGAAAUUGUGGAAUCUACAUCUUAUACACCUCUGACUACCACUGCUAAAGUCCGGCCAAAGAAACUUGGAUUUUCACAUUUUGGAAACUUAAGGAAAAAGAAAUUUGAUGAAUCAACUGAUUACAUUUGUCCCAUUGAUACAUGUGUCAGCGUGACCAAUGGCACCCAGAAGAUCUACAGCGCAUACAAAGUGCACAAUGUCCUUCCUGACAAAGAAUUAGACAAACUGAAUCAGAUGGAACAUUCAGAAGGAACUGUAAUGCAAAUAGGGGAACUCUCUCAAGGAAUUAACAACCUCACGACUAUGUUAAGCCAAGAUCAGCUGUUGAAUGAUGAUAGAUUUUUAACACCAGCUCUUGAGGACUGGAGAUGAAGACUCCAUGAGACCAAUACCGCCAAUCCUUUGGUUGUAUUACGAUAUAUGGCUAGGGCAAGAUGGGUGCUACAUUAAACGAUCUGCUGCUGUUUUUGCCACUGAAAUAAUUAAGUGCUAUUCUAAAAACAUCCUCCAUUGGGGCAAAAUCCUUACAGCCUAAUAACACACAAAAACCUAUGCAAUAUUUUUAGAGAUGGAAAAACUGAGAUGUAAAUACAUACUUCUAUAUAGGGUGAGCCACUUCCUUGUCAGUGAUGUUUUUGUUUUUUGUACAUUUAAGGUUUCUUUAUGUUGCAAAUUAUUGGAUUUGCAUUAUUUUCUAAGGUGUUCCUGCUCUGAAAGUGUUAAUACAACUGAUUCAAUGAUUUAUUGUCAAUAUAGUAUAUCAGAACAGAUUCCUUCCCAAGAUAAGUUUGCUAGUUGUUUACUUUGACUACUGAUCCUAAAGCUGGAACAACGACCCAGUAUUUGAAGAAAUCACCCAUCCAUCUGUGCAGUCUUUCUAACAUCUUUUGAUCUUGCCAUGUUUUGAGCAAUGCAUGUAAUUAAUCUACAAUAAGAAAACCUAGCUUCCUUCACUUAACAGUGCUAAGAAAAAGAAAGGAUCUUCAUGUUUCUGUAGCCAACAUAUUCUGUAUUGAAUAAUCUAGAAUAGGAAAGGAAAUCAUAUGAAGUACCCAUGUGGAGUACCCAGAGACCACAUGGACAAUCCUCAGGUUCCUAAAUCAAAAACACAAAACCAUCCAUCCAGAAGCUUCCAGUGCAUGUGUAGGGGGAGUAUAGCCUAAAACAUACAUGAACAUAUAAACUGCUUCAGAAAAACAUUGGUUUUCUGAAAACUAGAAGUGACUCUGGUUAUCUCUAGCUUCCCCAGAAUGGGAAAUUGUGGUCCAGAGAAAUCGAGGAGUUGAGAUGGAAAUGGGAUAGAUGUGAGCGCUGCCCCACAUGACUGCCCAUCCAGAUCUAGAAGAUACACCCCAUACCGAGUCAUAGCUACGCUCCACCAACUCAUAUUAUUAUAUGAAUUAGACAUGCCAUUGUUGCCACUGGGUGCAGCUGCAGCUAAGAACAGAUGAAUUGGUCAGGAGAUACAUCAUAUUUAUGUCUCCUGACCCAGAAUCUUGGACAUUAAUACAAACAUAAAAGAGAAAUGACCAAAGAGAGAACUAGAAUCUGACUUACCUCUUUUUUUCACUAUUCUAUUUUAUAAAUAGAAGGGCAGUUUUUGUUGAGAGCUUUGGAGUCAAGAAAUUACAGCAUCUUAACAAAAACAGUACAUCACCUAACCACCGGCACCCUCAGUGGUGCAGUGGGUUAAAUCCUUGUGCCAUCAGGACUGCUGACCUGAAGGUUUGGUUGCUGACCUGAAGGUUGCCAGUUUGAAUCCAGGGAGAGCGUGGAUGAGCUCCCUCUAUCAGCUCCAGCUCCUCAUGUGGGGACAUCAGAAAAACCUCCCAUAAGGAUGGUAAAACAUCAAAAAAAAAUUCAGGCAUCUCCUGGGAAAUGUCCUUGCUGAUGGCCAAUUCUCUCACACCAGAAGCAACUUUUAGCUUCUCGAGUUGCUCCUGUCAUGAAAAAAAAAAAACCAAACCUCUUGAAAGAAUGGAUGCCUGAGCACAAGAAACAGUCCUUUUAAUUACAGCUUCAUAAGUCAUGAAACACUACAUUUACAAUCAGUUUUUUCCUGAUAGUGAUAUCAAAUGUCGAUAUGAAGACAAUGACUUGCCAUUCAGCAAAAUAUAUUGUUUUGCCUGUAACACGACAUUUAAAAUUAGUUCUGCUCAACCAAGUAAGAUUAGCCUCCAGCCAGAGUUGGUGGGAACUAGGAUAUGAACAUACUGGGGGAAGGUCUGUCCUCCUAUGGAGCAUCAAAGUCCUCCACUUUCUUUUCUGUAACACUGAUGCUCUCUUUUGUUUCACCACACACAACCGCUUUAUAUUUCAAUCUUACUAUUACAGUAGAGUCUCACUUACCCAACAUAAAUGGGCCGGCAGAAUGUUGGAUAAGCGAAUAUGUUGGAUAAUAAGGAGGGAUUAAGGAAAAGCCUAUUGAACAUCAAAUUAGGUUAUGAUUUUACAAAUUAAGCACCAAAACAUCAUGUUAUACAACAAAUUUGACAGAAAAGUAGUACUGUAUUUACGAAUUUAGCACCAAAAUAUCACAAUGUAUUGAAAACAUUGACUACAAAAAUGCGUUGGAUAAUCCAGAACGUUGGAUAAGUGAGAGACUACUGUAGUUCUAAGCAGAGAAGAUCUACCGGAUCACAGAUAUCUUGACAUACAAUAAUUCAAUAGAUUCAUGCCUAAGCUUCCUCUUUCAAAGGGGAUGACUGCGGGUUUAUCUGAACUAAUUUUCAUAGCAAAUACUGUAAUAGCAACUCCAUAUGGACAUUUUGUAUCUUCUGUCAUCUUCGAUGAUUUUCCCUUUUCCCCAGGCCUCUAGCCUGGUAAUUCAAACUUCGCUAGGCAAGAGAACCCUCUGCUGGUGAUACAAAUGUUUGCUCUCAUGAAACAUUCCAGAAAUUACUUUCUACGACAAAGGCCAUCCUGAGUUAGCUUCUCAACUUUCAAUGAAGAUAAUUCAUUGCAUCACUGUGUGUAACAAUAGAUCCAGCCCAUCUUUUAGAAUUAAAUAACAAGCCUUUCAUUAUUUAAAUAAAAGAAAUAUGUGAAAACAUG